AUGAUGACUUUUAUCUUGCUCGUUGCGUGUUCCAGCUCCCUUCCGCCGCCGUCGCUCCGGCCUCCUUCCACAGGCGGAGGGGCAAGGCGAGGUGCGAUGCAGACGCCCGGAAAGCGGGCAGGAGGCGUCAGCUUGGGGGCACGCGGGGAAUUUUAUUCGUAA